UAUUUCCUUGCGGUGUAUGUGUUAAAAAAGUAAAUAAUUUGGUUAAUACGUGUUAACUAAUUAAAAAAUACAAUUUAUUUUCAUUAUUAAUCAAUAUUCGUCAAAUGUGCAUAAUAAAAUUAAUAAAACAAUAAGAAUGAAAAUGAAGAACAAGGUGAUAAUCAUACUUUUAUUUACCACCGGCUUGCUGAUUAGCGAAACAACACAACAGGCUGUUUUUAAGGAGACACAACAAAGUAAACAACUCUUACGUAUAGCUAGAGCGGCUGUAGAUGCCAACCUGGCUUCUAGAGAUCAUUCUCUAAUAGAUAACCAUGACUGUGAGGAGCUGAAGACUCUAUGCACGCAUGUAAAAUCAACUGAUAACCUUGCGAUCUUAGAAUGCGUGUCAACGUUUACAUCUAGUCAACUGGAGGCAAUGCCUGAUAAAUGUCAACACGCUGUUUGGCAAGAGACAAAAGAGAUGAUAAGGGCGAAAUGGGUAGAGGACAAUCUAUUGAAGAGACAAUGUCUAAAGGAAAGAGAUUCUUUAGAGUCUUGCAUAAAUGCGGUAGAUAUAUGGACGUGCAUUAAGGACCGAGCUUUACUGCUAGAACAUGGUAGCAAAUGCCGCUCAUACAUUAAACGUGUGCAUGCAGUAUUUUUCCCAGACUUUGAAAAUUUAGGUGAUUUUUUUAAUUCCUGCUCUACGGAAAUAGAACAGUUGGAAUGCGGUCGCUUGAACAUAGAACAUAAACCUAUUUCCCAAUUGGAAACUGUGGAGUGUUUGCAGCAAACUGGUGCCGAUGUUUUGGGUCAACCAUGUAAAAUGAGUAUUGCACGAAUUGAUUUGCAAGAAGCUGAUUUAAAAUUUUUCGAAAUCUGUUCUGAAGAUUUGAAACGUUUGUGCCCGCAAGAAGUUUCGGGCACACCAGGAGCCUUCAAAUGUUUGGUAAAAAAUAAAAGUAAUCCCGACUUGACAAACCGUUGCAACGAUAAGAUAUCACAGAGAGAUCGCGAGAUUGCCAAAGACUAUCGUAUUUCGCAUGGCUUAGCCAAGGCCUGUAAGGAUGACAUCAAACAACAUCAUUGCCGUCGCGGAGUCUCCGAGGACAAACAGGUACGUUUAGCUCAAAUUCUUUUGUGUUUGGAAAGCGUUGAGAAGAAUGCUACGAAAAUAGCACCCGAAUGUCGGGCUGAAAUAGACGACCAUCGUCGCAUGCUAAUGUCAGACGGUCAAUUAUCUCCGGAAAUUCUAAACGACUGUGCCGAUGACAUACCAAAAUUCUGUGGUAAUGUCGACAAGCUAUCGAAUAUUGGAAUGGGCCAAGGUACGGGAGGAGAAAUUAUUCAUUGUUUGAUGGAACAUGCGCGCAAAAGACGCAAGGACAGACGCAUAACAUCUCAGUGUCAAAGAUCAUUGGAAAAUCUAAUAAAAGUGUCGGAUGUUGGCGAAGAUUGGCGUGUAGAUCCGGUAUUGCGUAGAAAUUGCAAACCAGUGGUUGAUGUAGCUUGUCGUGAUACAGAUGGUGGCGAUGCGCGUGUUAUGUCUUGUUUAAUGGAACAAUUGGGAACACCUGCCAUGAAUCCGGAAUGUGAACAUUCACUGCUGCUUAUUCAAUAUUUUGUGGCCAGAGACUUUAAAUUAGAUCCUCAGCUGUAUAAGCAUUGUCACGAUGAUGCCAUUAAAUAUUGUCAUGCUAAAAAACAAUGGGACGAUGUUACCGAUAUACAAAUGGAUCCCGAGAGAGGACCCCUCAUACUACCCUGUCUUCAUCGUAUGGCCUACAGUGAAGAUGAACAAAAUACUCUUAGACCUGGCUGUUUUAAGGAAGUUAAACGUGUCAUGCGCCAAAGAGCUGUGUCAGUGGACCUAAUACCUGAAGUUGAAGAUGCCUGCAUAGAAGAUUUAUCAUAUUAUUGUUUUGAGAAUACCGGAAAGGGUGCCGAAAUGGACUGUUUGCAAAUACAUUUGGAAAAACUGCAAACUUCCUGCCGGGAUGCUGUCAGCCAAUAUACAGAAGAAGAGGCGGCUCAUGUUGAAUUGAAUCCUGUCAUAAUGUCUGUAUGUACCGAGGCUAUGAAAACACAUUGCGAUCACAUACUCAAGGGAGGAAAAGAUAAAGGAGAUAUGAUGGAUUGUUUAAUUUCUCACAAAAAUGAUGCUGAUUUGCGUCAGGAUCUCAAAUGUCGUGCCGCUAUUGAACAUUUUCAAAUAAUUUCAUUGAAAAACUAUCACUUUACCUAUAAAUUCAAAGAAGCCUGUCGUCCUUAUGUUGUGCGUUUUUGUUCAGGCAGUAGAACGAAGAAUGACGUAGUGGCUUGCCUUAGUGAAGUUAUGCGCAAUGAUACGAUACGAGGUCAACGGCCACGUAUACCCAAGGAAUGUAGACAACAAGUCAAGGCUCAAUUGUAUCAGCAACGAGAAUCAUUGGCUUUAGAUCCGAAAUUGGCAAAUGCUUGUAGCAAAGAGAUAGAGGAGUUUUGUUCGGAUAAAAAGGGGCCAGGAGAGGUGAAUAAUAAGAAUGCUCUUGAAUGUUUGGCAAUGAAUACGCCACGCUUGGGAAAUUCUUGUCAUCAUGCCAUAUUUUUGGUAAAGAAAUCUGAACUGGGUGACAGUGCUACCGAUUAUACUUUAAUCAAUACUUGCAAGGAAAUGACCUAUAAAUAUUGUUCCAAAACUGAUCCCAUGCGUUUGCUGGACUGUCUAAAGACCUACAAAGAUGAUCCCACUUUUGAUGCUCGCUGCCAUUUGGUAGUAGUCAAUCGUAUGAUUGAACAAAAUACUGAUUUUAGAUUUAAUCCUACACUGCAAUUGCAUUGCGGUAAAAAUAUUGAUCGUUAUUGCUCCGAUAUUGUGGCUAAAGCUGAGCCGAAUGAAGAGCUUAAUGGUAAGGUAAUACAAUGUUUGAAAGACAAAUUCCGAAAAUCAUUAUUAGACGAAGAAUGUUCCCAAGAAAUGGUGAAAAUACUACAAGAGCAGGCUCUUAAUUACAAAUUAAAUCCUUUGUUGCAAACUUUUUGCAAGCACGAAAUUGCUGUCCUAUGUCAUCCAGAAAAAAUGGUUAAAGAGCAUGGACUAGUGGAAGAAUGUUUAAAGAAUGCUUUCCUCAAUGAAAAGAUAAUUAAUCGUGAUUGUCGUUUAGAAGUGGCCACUUUAAUUGCCGAAGCUAAGGCCGAUAUACACGUGGAUCCUAUAUUAGAAGAAGCUUGUACCGAUGAUUUGUUGCGAUAUUGUUCGAACGUUAAAAAGGGUAACGGGAGAAAAUUAAAAUGUUUGCAAACAGUUUUACAAGAUCAUUCCAAAGCCAUGGAACAGGAUUGCCGUAUGAAAUUACAAAAACGUAUAGAAAUGUUUAAGAAUGCUGAUACGGUCUUAGUACAACCGCCGGAAAAUAUGGAACAAUUAGUAAAUCAAGUUGUAAGCUCUCCAGCUAAAAAGUUCUUUAUUGUUAUUCUUAUGACUGCCGUGGGCAUGAUCUUUAUGAUGGGUAUAUUUUUGGGUCGUGUUACAAAACGUGCAAUGAACACCAAAAAUAAAUAAUAUUUAUUAAUUAAGUAUGAUACUAAAGUGACUUAAUGUAUGUUAAAACAAAAACAAAAAUAUUUAUAAAAUACUAAUCAAAGUCUACCAACGUUUGUUAGAGCUAAUUAAUGUUUUAAUGGAAUAAUACAUAUAAGGAAUACUUACCAGAAUUUUAGAACAAAUUAGUAACGUCCAAAACCACCAUCAACACCACUUUAUAAUAUACUUACAUACAUGUAAUUAGAUUUCCUUAUAUAAUUUUUGUUUUUCUUGUUUUUUUUUAAUUUUUUUUAAUUUUGUGUUUAGUCGAACUUUAUUCCAUGUUUUUUGUUUAGUCUAAACUUAAAUUGAAUUUAUUUUAUUUUAAUAUACACAAAUAAAAACUAGUAUUGUUUUUGUUUAUACGAGUAUAAUCAUAAUCUUCCAUGAUUUUGUUUUUUCAUCAAAUGAAAACAUUUUUUUUUAAAAAAAAAGUUUAAUAAACCUUAAUGUUUAUUAGUUAGUUGUUUAGAAAUUAAUACGCGUAUUCGUUUAUAUAAUAUUUUACUAUUGUUUUUCUUUUCGCAACAAAUAGUAGUAAAAAAUAUUAAUAUUAAUACUAAUAUUGAUAUUUGAUUUCUUUUUAUGUUAGCCAAAAUCACAACCUUAUUCUUAAAAAAAGUAACUCACUUAUUUGAAGUUUUAUUUUUUUUAAAUCAAAAUAAUAUAUUUAUUAUUUAGGGGAAAAUGCAAUUGACUCAUGUUCCUUGUAAUUUUGUUGUGGUAUCUGUUAUUUUUCAUAUUCUUCUUCAGUUUUCUAUCAAGAAAUUCAGAAAAGCGUCUCUAGGAGAGAGAAAGUGAUACGUAACUUGUUACGUAACUGGUUCAAGGAAUCUAGCGUAGAGUCCUUAAGAUGUAGUUAUUUCACUCACUAAAAGUAAUAUAUUGCGGAGCCAAUUAGUAUAGUAUUUGUAAUCUACAUUGACUUUCUUUUAAAUAACUUGUUAAAUAGCUAAUUUGAUAACCUGUUGUUAAAAUCACUAUUAAUUAGAAUGUAAUCUUCAAGUCAACAUCGACAGAUCCUAAUUUGUCUUCAACGUUUUUAUGAACAAAUAUUUUUUUAUUUAAAAAAAUAAAUACUUUUACCCCCAUUAACACGAUGCCUGGUUAUGCGUUAACUAAUAGUUAUACUGUCGGUUAAAAUUAUUUUUGUAUGAAAACUGUCAGUAUAACUAUUAGUUAACACAUAACCAGACUUCGUGCUAUGUGUUAACUAAAUCUUAAAUUGAAAGCUAAACUAAUAAUACAUCUAAUCCCAUAGAGAUAUACACAUAGAGCCGAAACUCUGCUGUCAAAAACACAAAAUUCUAUCUAAAGGCGAUAACCUUUUAUAUGAUAUAAAUGUAUAAUUUAAUUUAAAGUUUAUUUUCUUCCAGAACAUUUAAUGUUUAAAAUUUUAUUCAUGUUUUCGCUAUAUUUGUAUUUAAAUAUACUAAUGAUUUAACCAAUUUUAAGAUCCCGAUUCUUUUGGUUUUAAUUACAAUAUCUACAGUUAAAAAGCUAUUUUUUCAUAACACUUCAUAUCAGACAUGGAAUAUUAUUAGUAUGUUUUAUUCCCAAUUAUUACCCAGAUGUGAUUUUUUUAACCAUUCCCAUUUAUUUUAAAAUUAAUUUUUGUGAUUUUGUUUUUAAUAUUGUUUUUAUUUACAUUCUAAAAUACAUACAUACAUAAAACAAAAUAUAUCAAGUGAAAAUUAGCACAAAAUUCAAGAAUUUACAUUUGAUUAAGUAAGCUGCUUCAAGUUUUUAAUAAUAUUUUAUUUAAACAAAAACACAACAUAGAGGAAACCAAAGGUUCGAAAUAACUAAUUUUUAAUUCCAUUUUCAAAAUUAAAUAUACUACUUCUUAAACAUUCCAUUAAAACAUUCAACAGGAAUUAAUUCGUUGUGUUAAUUCCUUAGUGCUUCAAACGUAUUGGAUUUAUUCUUUAUAGAAUUAAUUCUUUAUUGAAUAGUUCAAUAUUUCUGAAAUGUAUUGAACAAUUCAAUUUUUCUUCGAUUCAAAUCUAUUACAAACAUAUUUUAAUCUAAUUUCGAUUAGAUUUGAAUUAACAAAAAAUUUAAAAUUCAAACGUUGAAUUAAUUCUAUUAUGAAUUGAUUCAACAAUAAAUGAAUUCUAUUCAAAUAAAUGAAUAAAUGAAUGAAGCUAAUGAAUUUGUUUUUUGGGAAUGGAUUUAUGGAAUGAAUUUCUGUCAUUUUUUAGUUCUGUAUUGAUUUCAGUAAAUAAUUCUGAGCUGUGGAGGAAACUCUGCUAUCAACAAUUGAAAUGGUGAAAAUAAUUUAAUAAAAAACAUAUUUUGUUGACAGUAUAUUAAAGAUUUUUACGGCAGAGUUUCUGCUCUAUGAAUUCCUCUAUGUUUCUUCAUGUAUAUCCUUUGUAGUAUACACUCAAGUAAUUUUUUGUAGCGAAAGGACAAAUAUAAAUCGAUAUUGAUAAAUAAAAAUAAUUAGAUUUAUAAAGAGAAUAUAAUUAGCAGCUCUAUUAACAAACCUAGGCUUUCCAAAUUUGUAUGUAAUUAAAAACAUUAAUAGAAUUUUGUUCUAUUAGCAAAAUUAAUGGCAGCUAAUGUUGUGUGUUUUAUUGUUUUCCAUUUCCUUUAUGUGUAAUUAAUUUAAUUAACUAAUACGAAUACAUAUAAUAAUUUUUAUAUAAUGUACUAUAUUAAUACAAAAUAACAAAAAAAACUAUUUUUUAUAAUCAAAUACAAAUUUAGUCCAAUAAAAUGCUUAUUAAGCUUAAAAUAUAAAACAUAAA